AUGUCCUCCACGUCCCCCGCCUGCCCUGCGUCGCCCGAUCCAUCCACGCAGCGUGAUCGCGCUCGCGCGCGGGGGGCGGAGAUCCCUCGCGGCCCCGAUCUUCCCUACCCACUCCCUGGACGACCCUCUCGCCCUCCCCGCCACAUCCGCGUUGCCCUCGCCCUUUUCCGCCUCACUCUCCUCGCGUCCUCCGCCCUGGCGUUGUCCACCCCCCGCAUCUCCCGCGUCCUCCUCGCCUCCCACAUCUUCCGCACACCGCCCUCCCGCUCACGCCCUUGCGCCUUCACGUCCUCGCCCGCGUCGCCCACCACGCCCUCCCGCGUUCUCAACUUGCCACCGUGGCCCACCGCGCGCUUUGCCGAGUCGCCCGCAUCGCUCACAUCGCCCACCACCUCGCCCGCGCAAUGCCCCCGCGUCGCCCUCGUCCGCGUCAAUCUCAUCCGCGUCGGCUCCGUCUCGCCCGUCACGCCCACGUCCGCGUCCCUCACGUCGUCCCCCCAUCUCGCCCUCGACCGUGUCGCCCGUGUCGCCCGCCUACCCCACGUCGCCCUCGCCCACAUCGCCCGCACCACCUGCCGCGACCUCGCCCGCAAAGCCCUCGUCCGGCGAACCCACUCGCGCCACUCCCCACAACGCCCAAGUCUUGUCCCUGCGUCAUCCUCGUCCUCGCGCCCACUUCAACCACCUUGGCUCACCUCGCCUGCCUUGCCCCUGUCGCCCGAUUCUCCGUCCACGCUCAUCUGA